AUGUGUCUUGCCACACGUUCUUCUUUUAUACUUUCCGACAAGAUAGAAAGCUUAUUCCAAAUGGCCAGAUAUGGCCGCCUUCACCACAACCCCUUCACAGCCGAAGCAACUCUACUCAAUCCCUCUCUGUAAGUUCCUUUCCGCUCUCAAUUCUUUCAAAUUCCACUCUUCAUUUCAUCUCCUCACUUUCCCACCAUCCAAACACUCUCUCCAACCAAGUUUUUCACCACUUGUAGUCAAAGCACAUGUUAGUCAUAUUGUCCCCAAGUCGUCUAGCACUGACCAAGAACUCUCAAAGAUCAAGAAUCAUGCAACCAAUAGGCGAACCGGUUCUGGGUUUUCUCAUUUUAGGACUGACGACGAAAGGGUGGAGAGAAAAUCUGUGAGAAAGAAGGGAAGUUCAGUGGUGAGUGGGAAUCUUAAACGGAUUGCCACAAAAAGGGGAGAAAUGGGUAAUAGGUUUUCUUCUAAGAGGUCUAAAGAUGAAAAUUUAGUGAGAGAAUUGGCAGGAACAAUUGGUGAUAUGGUAGUUAACGAGGGGGAGAAUAAGAAGGCCAAGAAGGGAGGUGAUGAGCAGGUGGGAGUGAAGAUGGAGAAAGGGGCCAACAAAAGCAGGGUUGAUGAGCCCGGGGUAAUGUUGAGGGUUGGGUUGGACAUGUGCUCCAAGAAAGGGGAUGUAAUGGGUGCACUUAAAUUGUAUGAUUCAGCUCAGAGAGAAGGUAUCAAGCUGGGACAGUACCAUUAUGCUGUGCUCUUGUAUCUUUGUUCUUCGGCAGCUACAGGCAUUGUUCGUCCUGCCAAGAGCGGCAAUGGCAGUCGCAGUUUAAGUUAUGCAGAGUCGACCAGUGAGGCUUCCACUGUGAAUUCUGGAGGUUUGGUUGAAAUUGGGGAAACUAGUAAGGGGAACUUUCAUGAUGAUGAAUUGAGUCCCAGACCGAACAAUGUGUUGCUGGUUGGAUCCAGUAACCAUCGAAUAAAUUCAGAUAGAACAGAGUUGAACUCUCGUGAGUUACCAACUGAAGCAGAGGAAAAUAAUUCAGACAGUACUGUCAAUGGAAAGGAGAAGUUGGUGCAGGUCUUCAAUGGAGCCAUGACGCUGAAUCCACAAGUUACUGAUGGGACAAUUCAUUUAAGUAGUGAUUACGAUUCAAAAAAUGCUAAAAAUGGUGACAACAUAGAAAAGUACGAGAUUCGGGUGAGUGAAGAAUUCAAGAAGUUUGCCCUUCAGAGAGGAUUUGAAAUUUAUGAGAAGAUGUGUUUCGAAAAGGUCCCAAUGAAUGAAGCAAGCUUGACAUCUGUAGCUAGGAUGGCUCUGGCAAUGGGCGGCGGUGACAUGGCAUUUGAAAUGGUAAAGCAAAUGAAGGCAUUGGGGAUAAACCCUAGAUUGAGGUCAUAUGGUCCAGCCCUGUCUGUCUAUUGUAAUUCUGGAGAUACUGAGAAAGCAUUUGCUGUUGAAAAACACAUGCUGGAGAAUGGUGUCUAUCCAGAAGAACCUGAACUGGAGGCACUCUUGAGAGUAAGUAUAGAAGCAGGCAGAAGUGACAAGGUUUAUUAUUUAUUACAUAAACUUAGAACAAGUGUUAGGAAGGUGUCGCUCUCUACUGCUGAUUUACUGGAGAAAUGGUUCGAGAGCAAGAUAGCUUCGAAAGUAGGGAAAAGAAAAUGGGAUAAAAAAAUGAUAAGGGAAGCAAUUGAAAAUAGAGGUGGAGGCUGGCAUGGACAAGGUUGGUUAGGUAAAGGGAAAUGGAACUUAUCACGCACUUCUGUUGGCUCUGAUGGCAUGUGCAAAUGCUGUGGUGAAAAAUUGGCAAUAAUUGACCUUGAUCCUAAAGAAACUGAAAAGUUUGCUGAAUCCGUUGCAUCUAUAGCGGCAAAGAGAGAGAAGAAUUCAAGCUUCCAGAAAUUUCAAAAAUGGCUUGACUAUUAUGGACCAUAUGAAGCAGUGGUAGAUGGAGCAAAUGUUGGCCUUUUCACUCAAAGGAAAUUCAGACCCUCUAAGGUAAAUGCUGUUGUCAACGGAAUUCGUCAGCUGCUUCCUUCCAAGAAGUGGCCACUGAUUGUGUUGCAUAACAGGCGAAUCAGUGGCAACAAUAUGGAUAAACCAGUAAAUAAGGCACUGAUUGAGAAGUGGAAAAAUGCCGAUGCGCUCUAUGGGACACCUACUGGAUCGAAUGAUGAUUGGUACUGGUUGUAUGCAGCUAUAAAGUUUAAGUGCUUGAUUGUGACCAAUGAUGAGAUGAGAGAUCAUUUAUUUCAACUCCUUGGGAAUGAUUUCUUCCCCAAAUGGAAAGAAAGGCAUCAAGUGCGUUUCAGUUUUUCUGAGACUGGUCCAGUGUUCCACAUGCCUCCUCCAUGUUCUGUUGUAAUUCAGGAAUCAGAGAAAGGCCAUUGGCAUAUUCCAAUUGUAUCAGAGCAAGACAAUGAAGGGGAAAGAACAUGGUUAUGCGUCACACGUGCUAAUUCACCUGGGGCGACACUUGUUUCCACUACCAUGCGUAAAGACCCCCAGUUUCCACUUCACAAGGAAGGGUGUGCAAGCUCAAACACUCAAACGAAACGUCAGGCAAAGAUAACGCUGAUGAGUCGCAGCAACUCUAGGCAACCGCAUCAGGAAAUUUGCAGGACUCUCAAGAAUAUACUGUCAACGCCCGUAUCCUCAAGUUAUCCAACAAUACUUCCGGACAUUGAGGCCGCAGAGAAGCUUGGUUGCUGUGUUAUUGACUUCGACAUAUAAAAGCCAAAGAUUAAACAUUCAAGAGCUUGAAUGGUGCUUGAUCUUUGUGGGGGUUCAUGCAACUGCAGGAAGUGUCUACAGGCCAAUUACCCAGUUGAAACUUUGCAGGUUGCAACAGGUUUUCAGAUGCAGAACAGGUCCCCCUCUCCCGGUGUUAGGUCUCUCUCAACAUCUAAGGUUUCAAAGGUUUUUUAUUUCAUUUGUAUUCAUUCAAAGUGAAGUAUUAGUGUACCAUCCCUGCGCAUAUUUUGUAUAUGAUUAGCCAUUGAAACAAGUUAAUGGGAGAAAAAGAAGAUUCCUCUUCAGGAAGCAUUCAUGUGAUCAGCAUUUUGGCAGGGAUGGGAACUUUCGUCGCUUUCUAUGUUUCUUAUUCUAUUUGAUCUUUGGUUCGAGUAGGAGCGUUCACUAGAGACGUCGGUUUUGGAUCUUUGAAUCAGAAACUGGAAAUUCGAGAUGUUAUUUGAAUAUUUUCAUUGAUACUAAAGUAGCGGUUGGUAACUUAA